GACUCUUCAGACAUCACUGCAAACGCUUCCAACACUUCCAACACAUCACCAGAUGGUGGACACAAAGUGGUCUUCAAGAAGAAGACUCGUUUUGGUCAACAAAGGCGUCAAAUGAAGACCAAUACUGAAGACGAGUCGCAAGUGUUGGGCGAAGAAGAAGACGACGAGUGGAAGCGUUUGCAUGAAUUGAAACAAACACAACACCUGAGGAAGAGAUCCAAUAAAGGCAUCGAUAUCUUAGAGUUGACUCAAAACCCUAUUGUUAUCACGAAUACCAAUAAGACUGAGAUCAAGGGUGGCAUCACUUCCGACGUGAAGACAUUGACCAAUGAAUUAGAUUUGGGAAACACUUUCUCUGUGGAGACCAACCGUAGAGACGAAGACACGGAUCUAAUGAAGUACAUCGAGGAAGAGCUCUCGCGACGCAAAGGCAAACAACUCGCCAACACUGACAACAAGUCUUCAGUGCCGGUCAAUGUGUCCAAUGAUAUGAAUGUAUUGUUCGAUGUAUUGCCCGAACAUCUGAUCCAAACAAACGCCAAAAAGAGCGAAGAAAUGCUUUCAAAUCAAAUGCUUAACGGAAUCCCAGAAAUAGAGUUAGGAUUAGAAGAGAAGAUUCGAAACAUUGAGGCGACAGAAGAGGCAAAGAGUAAACUAAUGGUGAAGAGGAAUAACAGAUGGAAUGAGGGAAACGCGUCUUCAUUUGUUCCCAACAAUAUAGCCAACAACGGUUCCGAUCGAAACCACAACAAGUUUUACGGCAAAGACAAGGCGUCCGACGAUUAUAUUUUCGAGAAAUUCAAGAAACAAUUUCGAAAGCGUCAAAUGAAGACCAAUACUGAAGACGAGUCGCAAGUGUUGGGCGAAGAAGAAGACGACGAGUGGAAGCGUUUGCAUGAAUUGAAACAAACACAACACCUGAGGAAGAGAUCCAAUAAAGGCAUCGAUAUCUUAGAGUUGACUCAAAACCCUAUUGUUAUCACGAAUACCAAUAAGACUGAGAUCAAGGGUGGCAUCACUUCCGACGUGAAGACAUUGACCAAUGAAUUAGAUUUGGGAAACACUUUCUCUGUGGAGACCAACCGUAGAGACGAAGACACGGAUCUAAUGAAGUACAUCGAGGAAGAGCUCUCGCGACGCAAAGGCAAACAACUCGCCAACACUGACAACAAGUCUUCAGUGCCGGUCAAUGUGUCCAAUGAUAUGAACGUAUUGUUCGAUGUAUUGCCCGAACAUCUGAUCCAAACAAACGCCAAAAAGAGCGAAGAAAUGCUUUCAAAUCAAAUGCUUAACGGAAUCCCAGAAAUAGAGUUAGGAUUAGAAGAGAAGAUUCGAAACAUUGAGGCGACAGAAGAGGCAAAGAGUAAACUAAUGGUGAAGAGGAAUAACAGAUGGAAUGAGGGAAACGCGUCUUCAUUUGUUCCCAACAAUAUAGCCAACAGCGGUUCCGAUCGACACCACAACAAGUUUUACGGCAAAGACAAGGCGUCCGACGAUUAUAUUUUCGAGAAAUUCAAGAAACAAUUUCGAAAGUUU